GAGCGCAUUUAUUAACUGUAUAUACAUAUGUUAUUAUUGAAAAAGAAAUUCAGCAGACAAAUAUGUUAUUUUGAAUGAUAGUCUAAAAUCCAAAAUAAUUUUCGUUUUCGUUUAUGUACCUACUUGAUUGAAGAACUAAUAGCUCGUUUCAAAUUCGGCUUUUUUGAAAUAGAUGAAAAAUCAAACCAUAGUCAAUAAAAUAUAUCUAAAUCGUAAUAUACCUAUCUAGUACAUUCUAUAACAUCUAAGUAAAGUGAGGCUCAGGUGUUGUUAGCCGCCGGCAACACCGCCAGAAUUCAGUUUUAACGUGGCUUGUUCUCGAUGGUCUGUCGUUCGUGAGACAGGCGAGUUCCGUUGUUUGACAUGAAAGUUAGAUUUUAAUGACUAGGUCUUUAGUGCGGAAUUGAAAAAGCUCAAUAAAUAGAUAAUUUAAUCCCUAAAAAAUGUUAAAGUCUGUUACGUCUGUUCGGUAAUAAAACUAUUUUGUGUAUAAGUGUUAACAAAAUUAUAUUUUACUGAAUUUCCCCUCGGUGUGAUACUUGGAAAAUUUAAGGUUAUAUUGAGUUGACAAAACUUUUUUACACUUUUCGGGCAAUUUCCUUUUUGCUUCGGGGUUUUAAACCAACGCCAUGGAGGACGCACACGCCAAAACAGUGGAUGAGGUAUUGAAUCACUUCAAUGCCGAUCCAGAACGGGGUCUUACACUAGAUCAAGUAAAAAGGAACCAAGAAAAAUAUGGUCCAAAUGAACUUCCAGCGGAAGAAGGAAAGUCGAUAUGGCAAUUAGUUUUAGAGCAAUUCGAUGAUCUUCUAGUCAAGAUUUUAUUGUUAGCCGCUAUUAUCUCAUUUAUCCUCGCUUUAUUUGAGGAACAUGAGGGUGCAUUCACAGCUUUUGUAGAACCUUUUGUUAUUCUUCUUAUUCUUAUCGCAAACGCCGUCGUGGGAGUAUGGCAGGAAAGAAAUGCCGAAUCCGCAAUCGAAGCCCUCAAGGAAUACGAGCCCGAGAUGGGCAAGGUCCUAAGGGCGGACAAGUCCGGUAUCCAAAAGAUCAGGGCGAGGGAAAUCGUCCCAGGAGAUAUCGUCGAGGUAUCCGUUGGUGACAAGAUCCCCGCCGAUAUCCGUCUGAUCAAAAUCUAUUCGACCACCCUCCGUAUCGAUCAGUCCAUCUUGACCGGUGAAUCAGUCUCCGUAAUCAAGCACACCGAUGCCAUCCCAGAUCCCAGAGCCGUCAACCAGGACAAGAAGAACAUCCUGUUCUCCGGUACCAACGUUGCCGCCGGUAAGGCAAGAGGUAUCGUAAUGGGAACCGGAUUGAACACCGCCAUCGGUAAGAUCCGUACCGAGAUGUCCGAGACUGAAGAAAUCAAAACGCCUCUCCAACAAAAACUCGACGAAUUCGGUGAACAAUUGUCCAAAGUUAUCUCUGUUAUCUGCGUCGCCGUAUGGGCCAUCAACAUUGGACACUUCAACGACCCCGCCCACGGAGGAUCUUGGAUCAAAGGAGCCGUCUACUACUUCAAAAUUGCCGUUGCUUUGGCUGUAGCUGCCAUCCCAGAAGGUCUACCCGCUGUUAUCACAACUUGUUUGGCUUUGGGAACCCGUCGUAUGGCCAAGAAGAACGCCAUUGUCAGAUCUCUACCAUCCGUCGAAACUUUGGGUUGCACCUCCGUCAUCUGCUCAGAUAAAACCGGAACUUUGACCACCAACCAGAUGUCCGUUUCUCGUAUGUUCAUCUUCGACAAGGUCGAAGGAAACGACAGCAGCUUCCACGAGUUCGAAAUUACCGGAUCCACCUACGAACCAAUCGGAGAAGUCUUCCUCAAGGGACAGAAAGUGAAAUCCUCAGAAUACGACUCCCUCCAAGAAUUAGGAACCAUCUGUAUCAUGUGCAACGAUUCUUCCAUUGAUUUCAACGAAUUCAAACAGGCCUUCGAGAAGGUUGGCGAAGCCACCGAAACCGCUCUUAUCGUACUUGCGGAAAAAAUGAACCCGUUCAGCGUGAGCAAAGGUGGAGACCGUCGCCAGAAAGCCAUUUGCGUCAGACAAGACAUCGAAACCAAAUGGAAGAAAGAGUUCACCCUGGAGUUCUCCAGAGAUCGCAAAUCUAUGUCUUCUUACUGCGUGCCUUUGAAACCAUCCAGGCUUGGAAACGGACCCAAAUUGUUCGUCAAAGGUGCACCAGAAGGUGUAUUGGACAGAUGCACACACGCCCGCGUCGGUACACAGAAAGUUCCUCUUACCACUGCCCUCAAGAACAGGAUCUUGGAAACUACAAAGGCCUACGGUACUGGUCGCGAUACCUUACGUUGUCUCGCCUUGGCUACCUGUGAUAAUCCAAUGAAACCUGAAGAUAUGGAACUUGGCGACUCAAACAAAUUCUACACAUAUGAAGUUAACCUUACUUUCGUUGGUGUUGUUGGUAUGUUGGAUCCCCCACGUAAAGAAGUAUUCGAUUCUAUUGUAAGGUGUAGGGCUGCUGGAAUCCGUGUCAUUGUCAUCACUGGUGACAACAAAGCCACCGCUGAAGCUAUCUGCAGAAGGAUUGGAGUUUUCACUGAAGAUGAAGAUACCACUGGAAAGUCUUACUCGGGACGUGAAUUCGAUGAUCUCCCAGUUUCUGAACAAAGGGCAGCUUGCGCACGUGCUAGAUUGUUCUCUCGAGUGGAACCUUCCCACAAAUCUAAGAUUGUUGAGUACUUGCAGAGCAUGAACGAAAUUUCCGCUAUGACUGGUGAUGGUGUGAAUGAUGCUCCAGCUUUGAAAAAAGCUGAAAUUGGUAUUGCAAUGGGUUCAGGAACUGCCGUGGCCAAAUCUGCCUCAGAGAUGGUACUUGCUGAUGAUAACUUCUCCUCCAUUGUGGCUGCUGUUGAAGAGGGACGUGCCAUUUACAACAACAUGAAACAAUUCAUUCGUUACUUGAUUUCCUCAAACAUUGGUGAGGUUGUCUCCAUCUUCUUGACUGCCGCUCUUGGUCUUCCAGAAGCUUUGAUCCCUGUUCAACUGUUGUGGGUCAACUUGGUAACUGAUGGUCUUCCCGCUACUGCCCUUGGUUUCAAUCCACCAGAUCUUGACAUCAUGACCAAACCACCAAGGAAAGCUGAUGAAUCUCUUAUUUCCGGCUGGUUGUUCUUUAGGUAUAUGGCUAUUGGAGGUUAUGUAGGUGCUGCAACUGUUGGUGGUGCUGCCUGGUGGUUCAUGUACUCUCCAUAUGGUCCACAAAUCACAUAUUACCAAUUGACCCAUCAUUUGCAAUGCAUUGGCGGUGGCCCCGAAUUCAAAGGAAUUGACUGCAAGAUCUUCAACGACCCACACCCAAUGACCAUGGCCUUAUCUGUACUUGUAACAAUUGAAAUGUUAAACGCCAUGAACAGUUUGUCUGAAAAUCAAUCUCUUAUUGCUAUGCCCCCAUGGUCUAAUUGGUGGUUAGUUGGAUCAAUGGCCCUUUCCUUCACUCUUCACUUCGUUAUCUUAUAUGUUGAUGUCCUUUCAGCCGUAUUCCAAGUGUGCCCACUGACAUUAGAAGAGUGGAUAACCGUGAUGAAGUUCUCAAUUCCAGUAGUGUUACUUGAUGAAACACUCAAGUUUGUCGCAAGAAAGAUCACUGACGGUGAGAAUCCAAUUUACACUGUUUAUGGAAUUGUACUAAUGUGGGCUGUGUUCUUUGGUUUGUUGCUUGUGAGCCCCAUAUAAGUGUGAUCUGACUAUAUAAUUUUAAAAAUACCUCAAUGGACAGGGGUACGCGUCUUGCGCUGUGUGUCUGUGUUACAAUAUCCAACAGGAUUAAGGAAAUUGCUCAGGUCAUCUUUCAACAUCGAGGAUUUAUUUUUUAGCUCUGCAUAUUCAUUGAAAUAGUGCCUUUAUAGUGAAAUCCUGUAUUCAGUACAAUAUAAACAUUAGCAGUUUCCUUUUGUCAUUGAAAAUUCUCAUAUUUUAAGAUUUAAUUGGAUUUUUAUGUGAGCCACUCUAGCAGAAAAAUUAUUUUUCCUCUUCGAUGUUCAAAAAUGACUUCAAACUAUUAAUCUUAUAUUGAACUGUAGUCUUGAGACAACAUCUGCAUUUGCAAUUGUAAGAAUAAUACUUAUUUAGUGAAAAAUAUAAGAAUAAUUUGUAGAUAGUUAUUCUGUCGAAUAACUGAAUGAAUAAUCUGAUUAAGCAAUUCUUUGGGAUUUCGAAAUCGAAAAAUCUAGAAGACUGACUUCAAAAACUUUAGAAAUCCAUUUAUUGAAUUUUCAAAAUGAAACGAUAUCAUGCAGGCCUCACUAUGCUAUUGAAAGACAUACAGGACACCAACAAAAAGAUUUUUGACCCAAAAACCUCAAUAUUCUCGUUCCUGAAUUAUUUUAAUUUUGCGUCCACGUCUCUUCUGUACUUAAGUAAUAAGUAAAUUUUACAUCGGAAUACUUUUUUUUUCACAGUGAAUCAUGUCCUAUAAUUUUUGUUUGUUGAUAAAAUAAUCAGAGUUACAAUUCAAUUACAUCAGAUUUGUAACUAUGCAUUUGUUCUUGAGUCGAAAUCAAGUGAACCAAAUAAAAUUUUAAAUUAAUGAACUCUACGAAGUCUACAAUUUGGACAAAGGGGAAGAUCAUAUUUUUUGCAGAUUGUUAUGGAUCUUUUUUAAUGGUAAAUUUUUUCAAUUCGAAGGGGAAUAUUUAUAUCAGACACAUAAAAUGUACAUUUGCCAAAAGGGUUUUAUGAAAAUGGCUGUACAUCUAGUAGUAAUAUUGUCUUGAAUUUAAUAUUUAUUUAUGGCAGUUUAUUUUUUUGUAUAGAAAUAAUGUUAGAGUGAAGUUUUGAACAGUUUACCAAAAUUAGUUCAUUUCACUGAACUGAAAUUUUUGUAGUCCUCUUUUCAGGUAAACUGAAAAUUUUUCGAUAAUGAUUUGAAUUCAAGAUAUUCUAUCAUAUUUCAUUGAUGGCCCAUACAAAUCUCUUUUUCUCAUAAUUUACACAUCAAAUCAAAUAUUAUAUGAUCAGGAGAUGAGAGUAAGUCCAUCAUUGAAGUAUGUUAAAUUUUUUUGGCUGAGUGCCAAAUUUAAGGUUAGGAUCUUUUUCUAUCUAUUCCAACAACUAUUUAUGAAAAUGAUUUUAUUGUAGGCAAUUUAGUGAUUGAUAUAUUUGAUGUAGAACAUACCUCCAUAUUUCAGCCUUUUGUAAAAUAUUUUACUGCGAAUAAAUGUAAAUAUUUGUAUUGGGCCGUGUUGAGAAAACAAUAAAGUUAGAAACAUUUUGAA